AUGGAGUGGGGGAGGUUGUCUGAGGUGAAAGGGAAAGGGGAAUUGGGUUUUAGAGAUCUUCAACAAUUUAAUACUGCUAUGCUUGCUAAGCAGUUUUGGAGAAUCUUGAUAAGGCCUAACUUGUUAGUUAGUAAAAUUGUUACGGGGAGGUACUUUAAAGGAUCUUCCAUCCGGAAUAUGAAAAUCCAUGCAGGGGAUUCUUGGAUAUGGAAAAGCAUCCUAAGCUCAAGGGAAGUAUUGACAGAAGGGAGAGUUCAUGAGUUGAUUUCUGAUGGAAGAUGGAAUGAGGGAUUACUGAAGAACAUGUUUGAGGAGGAGGGCUGCCAAAGAAUACUUAAUAGUCAAAUAAGUGCAUUUGGUGAUAAGGAUAGACUAGUUUGGAUGCUGUCUAAAUCAGGUGGGUACACUGUAAAGUCUAGAUAUGUGGUGGCAAAAGAGAUGCAGCUCAAAGGCAGAAGGGAAAGCCUGCAGCAAGAAAGUAGCAGCAGGAAUGAAGCUAAUUCAGGGGUGUGGAAGUUUCUAUGGAGCCUGAACGUUAAGCAUAAGCUAAAACACUUCAUUUGGAAAUGUCUUCAGUGCAUAUUGCCAGUUAAUGAAACAAUUAGAAGGAGAAUUCGACAAGGGAAUGAUGGGUGCCGUUGUUGUGGAAAAGGGACAGAAACUAUGGAACAUAUGUUCUUUUUCUGUAAGCAUGCUGAGCUAAUAUGGAAAGCUGCUCCAAUUAGCUGGAAUGGGUUGAAGGACUAUAGACAUAACUUUUGGCAGUGGUGGAGUGGUCUGAUGGAAGCAAAGAUUGAGAAAUCCAGAAAUCAGAUACAGUUUAACAGAGAAGAGAGAUGUCCAGGUGUAACAACAAAUAAGGUAGUACAAGAAUGGCUGGAAUUCCAGGAAGCUAACAUAGCAAAAAGGGAUGAGGAGGCAACAGGCAAGGGAAAAGAAGACAAGAUGGUUAGAUGGGAGCCACCGUCAGAAAACUUCUUGUGUUUAAAUACUGAUGCAGCAAUAAAGCAGAAUGAAGCAAAGGUAGGUUAG